AAAAUCGGGGAGGUUCACUUCCAUUUGUGGAGGCUCAACAAAUUCUGGCUGAGAAAUAUGGACCUGAGAAGGCUACCACGUUGAAUACAUAUGCUGCAAUGAAAUCUGGACUCAAGAAUUGGGAUGGCAGUGGUAGCACCAGCACGACCCUCAGCGGGAAGGCAAAAAAACGCUUUGAUGAUUACUCUGAUUUGGCUAGAGCCGCACAUCCUGAUGAUUGGGAGCAGCGAGAGUUGGAUGGGCAAAUAUUAUAUGAAUCAUCUGGUGGCAUUCCCCAUGGGGGACUAGCAAUAACAGAUGGGGCGAUUAAGAAGACUGAUGUUAUCUCAACAGCUAGAGAAAAGAAAUUGAGGCCGUCAACUCCAGCAGCACAUCGACGAACUGUUCAAGAAAAUGAUGAGCUGAAGCGACAUAAUGAGAACCUGCAACAUAAAGUGGAUAUGCAUGAACGGAUCCUAGUGGCCCUUUUUAAGGAGAUGGGAAAAGAACUACCAACGGAGCUACACCAAGGAGCGAGUUCCCAACCACAUGGGACACCUAAUUCAUCUCAUAUGAGACCCCAAGCCGCCGAUGACAACACUGGUGAUGAUGAUCUGGGUGCAAAUGGUGGUGCUGACAACUCCAGUGAGAAUACCAGUGACAACAACGUUAGUGCUGGUGGUGGCGACACUAGUUCCAACAUUUGUGAAAGUAAGACCUAG